AUGCGUCUCAUGAGGCUUGCCUCUCUGUUGGCCGUCGGCUUACCUUUGUGUUUGGGCUCGAGGGUCCCUCGUGAUGGAUAUGGCAAGCCAAUCGAUGUCGUCCCUAUCAACAACAGUUCGACAUAUACUUUCUCCUCUCCAGUGACCGCAGUUUCGAGCUCUACUGUCUCCAAUGCCGUCGUUACUCCACCACCUACUAUAGUUACCACCUCCUCUUCCACUUUGGUUGUGGUUUAUAACUAUACCGUUUAUCCCACGGACCAGACUCAGAGCGUUAUUUUGUCCACAUCAACCGUAUAUUCGACCCAGACCUACACAGUCACUAGUUGCUCAUCCUCUGUAACUGACUGCCCGGCUCACUCUACUGUGUUGGUCACGGCUAUUGUUCCAGUCUCUACCACACUCUGCCCUGUGACGGUCUCUCCUACGCCGGUGGUGCAACAGACUAGUUCCACUCUGGUUAUUGUGCAGACUACGACAACAUCUCCUGCGCUGUCUCUUUCGGUGCAAACGACUCAGACUGUUGCAACUUCGAGUGUUGCAGGACUGCCUCCGUCUUUCACUACGACGGUUUCGACUGCGACUAGUUCCAUUUCGACUCUGACCUCGUCAACCAUGGCUCCGAUUUCCUCAAGCACUUUCUCGCACAGUGAGUCUACUGUCUUUCUGACGACAGUGGGUCAGUCUAGCGUGAGCAUUGGGCCGAGCUCUUUGUCCAAUAUCACCAUUGUCAGAACUAUUCCGUUGGUCACCCCGGUGGGAUCAGCUUCUGCCUCCCCUGUGCUUUCAUCGUCUUUGUCAUCUGGAUCUCUGGUCAGUUCAACUUUUCCGAGCAGUUCAUCUGCCGGGAUUGGAAAGGAAUCUACGUACCCUGGUCUGAGCUCGACAGUUUCAUCGGUCAGUUCAGUUUCUUCUGUAUCAUCGUUUUCCUCUGGGGGCUCAUCUGUCAACUCUGUACCUCACUCUGGAAUCCCUGCAUCGACGGUCUCGGUGUUCACCUCCCUUGUGACGGUGCACUCCACUCUCAAGAGUUCAUUGUCCACCUUGACAUCUGGAACUGAGUCCUCUCAGUCAUCCACUUCCCGCACCACCUCGGGUGGAUCUCAAGUGUUAUCGGGCAGCUCGCAGGUUUCCGCUGCGAAUACUGCUACUGGCUCCCCGUCUCCACAAGGAGGAAGUAGUGCUUCCAGUUCGAUUCUGUCCUCCGGAAGCUCCUCGUUGUCUGGGAGCAUUACCGUUUCUGCUUCAUCUUUGUCUAGUGCGACUAAGCAAACAACUCGCACUGGUGCUGGAGUUACUAUUUCUGGUUCUAGCAGCCCUCUGAGCUCUGCUGCUGUUGGCACUGCUCAAUCUCAGCAGAGCUCUUCAAUCACAUCUUCUGGGACCAGUUCUGGGUCAUCCCUGUCCGGAUCUUAUUCUGGCUCAAGCUCUUCCUCGGUCGAGUCCUCUCAUUCUGUCGUCACCAUGCCUUCUGUGGUAUCCUCCAGUAUAUCAACCACGGGACUGUCUUCUGGCCCAAGUAGUAUUACUGCUGAGACUGGGUCUACUUCUACGUCGAGAGUCGUCUCUGUUUCGUCUUCCUCGACGACAAAGGUCUCUUCAGCAUCAACCGGUAAUUUCAAAUCGAGUGCGAGUGGUUCUGUCUCUUCAACUGGGACUACUAGGCUCUCUGGCGCAUCUUCAACACCUGCAGUCAGUGAGACAGUUCUUAGGUCAAGCGCAGUCUCCUCUCCAAACGGGUCGGUUGGCUCGUCUACGGCCUCUGCCUCGCACGUGGCUUUGUCGGGCUCUUCUACCACGCACACAGGUAGCAACGCCCCAAUCGGAGCGUCUCAAUCUGAGGGCUUGACCUCCGCAUCUCACACUCUAAUCGGAUCUGUCUCUCAGCCGCAGGCAUCUGCGAGUAUUUCGGGUACGUCUAGUGCUUCCAUGGAACUUUCUAUCAGUAUUGGAGUUUCUUCGACCAAGAUUGUGACGACCAACUCCAAUGGUGUUCCAUCCACGACUGUCUCUGCGUUUGCAGUCACUACAACCGCGCUUGUGCCCAUUGGUGCUUCGAUUUCCUCGACAAUGAAUAGCCAUGAGAACAGUGGCAGCGCAUCAACUGGAGUCACCAGUAUUACCACUUCGCUCCCAGGCGUCAGCACUCCUGUUAUUGUCAUCGUUCCAACUACUCAGCAAAGCUCUGGCACCUCGCUAGCUUCAACUUUACCUGGCGGUGUUGUUGGACAGUCCAGUGCGACCAGUGUAGUGGGUGAGACGACGUCGAACCAAAGAUCAACGCAAACAUCUAGCCCUGGCAUCAGGCAGAGCUCGACUGUCUCUGCCAGCGGCGGAUCUUCUGCUGGCAACGUCAGCAUUCAGGCCACCCCUUCAUCACCGCUGGCAUUCACUGGGGCUGGCAGCCAAGUGGUUGUGAAGCCAUUGAUGGCCUUCCUUGCUCUUGGGCUGGCAAAGUUACUGGUACUUGUGAUUUAGAUAACGACGUGAGGUACAGUAAGUAUAUUUAAUUCUAGCGGUGGGGCAUAGUGAUAUAUAUGAUAAAUGGCAUGGCGCUCAAGGCUAAUAAAAAGAUUGAUGGUAUUCGGGUGUUACGUGGAGGUCUAUAACAAUAUUUACGUUCGUAUUUUAUUUCGACUGGCGCUGC